UUCCCCUUCAAAACCUCCCACGCGAACCUCGCCAUCCCCACCCAUCAAAUCCACCGCCACACACGCCACCCCACCCUCGCCGGAGAAGAAGGACCCAUCCCAUCCAAUCCGCACGCCAGCGCAGCCCAUGGCCGACGCCGCCGCGCUCGUCGCCGUGCCGCCGCCGCAGCCGCAGCAGCGGCACCCGCUGAGCCAGAUCGCGGCGAGCGGGACGCACCGGCUGCUGCUCAAGCAGUGGCUCAAGGAGGAGGACCUGCUGGCGCGCCGCGUCGCGCUGCGGGAGGCCCGCCUCGACGGCGCGCGCAAGGAGAUCGCCUUCCUCUACUGCGCCUUCUUCGCCUUCCACGCCGCAUCCGUCCUCGUCCUCUUCCUCUCCGCCUCCAUCCCGUCCCCCGGCCCGUCGUCCUCCUCCUGCCGCCGCUCCUGGAUCCCCUGCCUCGUCUCGCUGCUCGCCUCCCUGUCCAUGCUGUGGGCGCUGCGGUACAAGGCGGACACGGAGGCCGUGCUGGAGCGGGUGCUGGCGCGGGAGCAGGAGGACGCCGCGCUGCUCGGCCGCUGCGUCGCCGAGCUCAAGCGCAAGGGGCUCGAGUUCGACCUGCUCAAGGAGGUGGACGCGCUGCGCAGGGCCAAGGCCCUCCGCGUCGAGGCCAAGGCCGGCGCGGGCGGCGGCGACGGCCCUAGGCGCUGGCCCGCCAGGGACCUCCCCGUCUUCGCCCUCUUCGGCGCCGCCUGCGGCGUCCUCGUGCUCACCAGGUUCCUGCUCUGCAACUAGGCCGGGUCUCACGAAUCAUGGUCCGUUCCGUGUUCGUCAGGACUUCGAUCGCUGGAUCGAUUCAUGAAGCCUACUGUUCUGUUCGUUCCUGCAGAACUGUUUGUUCUGCGAAUUUUGAUGUCUGUAAUAAGGAAAAGGUUGUCAUGCGUUCGAUUUUGUUCUGUGGUCCUACCAGCUGAGAACAAAAUUACCCUCUCAAACCUCAGUGUUAAUGACCAUGAAGAUAUAUGUCAAUCCCCUAAAUUUGAUCCUCUUA